AACAACUGGAGUCUUGUCCGAGAAAAAGAGGUAUUCAUAGACAGUGGUAUUAAUCCAUAAAAUAAUCCGGCGAAGUAUCGCAAGUAUUUGGCAGUGGGUUUACAAAUAAAACCCGUGAGGCUCUCCGUCUUCUUGAUUUGUUUCUCCUCCCUCCUCCUUCCCUAUUAGCGAGAAAGAGAAAGAGAAAGAGGCGAGGAUUACGACGGCGAUGGAUCCCGACGCUGUAGCCAAGGCUUUUGUGGAACACUAUUAUUCAACAUUUGAUGCAAAUCGUGCCGGUCUUGCGAACUUGUAUCAGGAGGGUUCGAUGCUCUCCUUCGAGGGUCAGAAGAUCCAAGGUUCUCAGAACAUCGUUGCUAAGCUCACCAGUCUCCCUUUUCAGCAGUGCCAGCAUAGUAUCAGCACCGUCGAUUGUCAGCCUUCCGGUCCCGCCGGCGGCAUGCUCGUCUUCGUCAGCGGCAACCUUCAACUAGCUGGGGAACAGCACGCCCUGAAGUUCAGCCAGAUGUUUCAUUUGAUGCCAACCCCGCAAGGAAGCUUCUAUGUGCUGAAUGACAUUUUCCGGUUGAAUUAUGCAUGAGUAUAGAAAUAAUCAACUGGGAACUCAACAAGGGUAGGGACUAUAUUUGAUUGGAAAUCUGGGACAAAAAGUGAGUUUGCUUAAUUCUGUUAGCACUUGGACCAUUUCAAACGAAAUGUAUGAAAUGUUUGUUCUUUUUACCCUUUGGGUGGUUUGCGUGUGUUCUCAAUAUUCUGACUUUGGAAGCACCAGACUCUAUUGUUGUGAUUGGAUGAAUUGGUGAAAGAUGCUAAUUGGAUACAUGUGUUAAAUCUUGAAGAAUGGAAUAGGCUUUUGAGAUUAGAAGGCUUGAAAUACUUCUGUUGUAUUGUAUUUGAAAUAUUUGAGGAGGUAGCGUUUUUGUUGUGUACUGGGUCUGGGUGGGGGUGCUUGGGCUUGGAACCUUUUGAGUUUAUAUCAAAGGAAAAACAUCGACACGAGAAAUUUCGGGUAAUGGUACAUUUUGGGAACCUGGUUUUGAUA